AUGCCGACCGCCUCCGCUCCUCGAUUUCGCCCCCGCUCUCCCAGCCUCCUAGGCUCAGCUCCCGCAGCGUCGGUCACCGGAGCAAUGCCGCCGCCGCGCCGCUCCUACAGGCCACGUCCGGCGAGUGAGUUCGCCGUGGCGGAGGCAGACGCCCUGAUCUCCCUGCCGACGGACGUCCUGGACGACAUCCUCAACCGCGUCGGCCCCCGCGACGCCGUCCGCACGUCGGCGCUCUCCCGCGCCUGGCGACGCCGAUGGGAGGCCCUUGCAUCGCUGGACCUCGACUUCGAUGAUGGCCUCAAGCACGAGGGGGCCGUCGACAGCAUCCUCCUCCGCUGCCCCGGCCGAUGUCAAUUAAAUGGGGCCAAUAUUCUAGAAACACUUCCAUGCACCUUUAUCAACUUAAAGAGCUUGACAUUGGUGACACACUUAUGUGAACUUCCCUCCAUUUUAUCAACCUUUUGCUUGCUAAGGAAUGCUCCAAGCCUUGAAAGCCUCAAAAUACAGGUUUUUUGUGAUUAUGAUUAUGGCAUGGGGCAGAAAUUUGAGGCAAAUGGAGAGUUUCAAAAUGCACAGUGUACUGAUGGCAUGUGUGCCAAACUUCAGUUUGUGGAUAUGACUGGCAUUCACUUGUUUACAAAUGAAAUGUCCUUCAUAGAGGUUAUUCUCUCUAAAGCAAGGCUUCUUCGCACAUUAUCCAUAAGUCUUAAUCAUGGUGCGGAAUUGACAAUGUCUAAUGAGGAUGGACUGAAGAAGUUACUAAACUACAAAAAAGCUUCAACUCAUGCCGAGGUUAUAUUUGAAGGUUAA